UAAACCCUAAUUCGCCUCUCUUUUGUUAUUCUCUCGUCAAGCAUCUUCAUCGUCUCAAUCAAAGAUGACGACAACUUCUCGUUUUUUCGCUCAGGGUGGAAGUGAAAGUGAAAGUGAAGAUGAGAGUGAUUUUGAAAAAGAGGUUGAGAGUAACAACAUUCGUUACCUUGCAGACUUACCUGACGGUGAGUUUUGUUGUGGUAUGGAUACAAAACGUGUGGUUAAGCCAAGAAAAGAUAAACGUUUUGAGGAGAUGACCAACACUAUAGAGAAUAUGAAGCAUGCCAUGAACAUCAAUGAUUGUGUUUACUUGCAAGAAACGUUUGAGAAACUCAACAAACAUCUUGAGAAAGUUAUGAAGAUUACUAAGUCUGUGAAGGCGCCGACUUUGUAUAUCAAAGCCCUUGUGCUGUUGGAAGAUUUCUUGAAUGAGGAUAAAGUAAGAAAGAUGAGUACUAGUAACUCCAAGGCUUUUAACUCAAUGAGACAGAAACUGAAGAAGAACAAUAUGCAGUACCAAGAAGAUAUCAAUAGGUUUAGGGAGUCUCCGGUAAUCGAAGACGAUGAUGAGUAUGAAGAGGAGCUGGAGGAACCUACUGAUAAUGUUUCUUGGGAGAUGUUGUUUAGUUUAGAUCAUGAAGAGAUAACUUGGAACAUGGUCAACAAGAAGUUCAAAGAAAUAAUGGCUGCUCGUGGGAGUAAAAGAAGAAGUGCUAGACUUAAACUCAAAACUGGCGAGACUCAUGUGGAUAAGCUUAUGGACUUGACAAAGAUUGCCAAGACUCCUGCACAGAAGCUUGAAAUCUUGUUUAGCGUUAUAUCAGCAGAAUUUGGUGGUCUCAGCGAAUACAUGCCUAUCGAUGUCUGGAAGAAAUGUGUGGUUAACAUGCUUACCGUACUUGACAUUCUUGUCAAAUACUAUAACAUUGUUGUGGAUGUUACCGUUGAAGCUAAUGAGAAGGAAACUUCAAAGCCAGUGGAUUACGAUGGAACAAUUCGUGUCUCGGGGAAUUUGGUUGCGUUCUUGGAGAGGAUUGAGACAGAGUUUUUCAAGAGUUUGCAGUGUACAGACCCUCACACCAAUGAGUAUGUUGAGAGAUUGAAAGAUGAGCCUAUGUUCUUGGCUCUUGCUCAGAAUAUCCAAGACUACUUGGAGCGGAGCGGCGAUUACAAAGGUGCUUCAAAGGUAGCCUUAAUACUAGUUGAGUCAAUCUAUUACAAGCCUCAAGAAGUUUUUGAUGCUAUGAAGAAAAUGGCUGAUGAAGAAAUUGAGGAGGGCAAAGAAAGUGGACCUAUUUCGCAGAUUGUUCCUCGUAAGCCUACCUUCGCAGGGAGCAGCCGCGCUAUGAUGGAUACACUUAUAUCCUUUAUCUACAGAAAUGGAGAUGAAAGGACAAAAGCCAGAGCAAUGCUAUGUGAUAUCUAUCAAUAUGCAUUAAUGGACAACUUUGUGACUGCUAGAGACUUGUUGUUGAUGAGUCAUCUACAAGACAACAUUCAACACAUGGACAUUUCAACACAGAUUCUCUUUAACAGGACAAUGGCACAACUUGGUCUUUGCGCCUUUCGGGUUGGAAUGAUAAAUGAGUCACAUAGCUGCCUCUCUGAGCUGUACUCUGGUCAUAGAGUGAGGGAGUUGCUUGGCCAAGGUGUCUCGAAAAGUCGAGACCACGAGAAGACAACAGAGCAGAUGCUAAUGGAGAGGAGAAGACAAAUACCGUACCACAUGCACAUAAACCUCGAGCUCUUGGAGGCUGUUUAUCUUACUUGUGCCAUGCUACUUGAAGUCCCAAACAUGGCAGCAAACUCGCAUGAUGCCGAACACAAAACGAUUAGCAAGAAUAUUCAUCGCCUGCUCGAGAAAAGUGAGAAGCAAGCGUUCACUGCACCCCCUGAAACUAUACGUGACCAUGUCAUGGCAGCCACCAGAGCACUGACCAAAGGGAAAUUCCAAGAGGCGUUUGAAGUUUUGAACUCUCUUGAUGUCUGGAGACUGUUCAAUAACCGCGAUAGCGUCCUCGAUAUGGUGAAAGCUAGGAUCAAGGAAGCGGCUCUAAGGACAUACCUAUUCACAUACUCAAGCUCCUACUACAAGUCCUUAAGUCUUGAUGAGCUGGCCAAAAUGUUUGACAUCUCUGAGUCACAGGUCCAUAGCAUUGUGAGCAAGAUGAUGAUCAACGAGGAGCUUACUGCAAAAUGGGACCAGCCAACUCAAUGCAUCAUCUUCCAUGAAGUGCAACAUAACAGAUUACAAUCUUUGGCUUUUCAGAUAACCGAAAAGCUCUCUACUCUAGCAGAAAGCAACGAAAGUGCAAUGGAGUCUAGAAAUGGUGAUGUUGGUCUUGAUAUGAGUUCAAGGAGAAAGGACAACAGUCAGGACUAUGAAGCAGCAGCAUCAGGAAACAGAGGUCUGCAAAAGGAUGGCUCAAGUCUUACCCGAGGCGUUUCUGCGUAAAGCAAAUGUGGAGAAAUCUGCAGGCAGUGUUAACCUUAGGCUCUUACUAAGAGUCUAAGACCUUUCAUUAUGUUUCAUUACAGUUUUAUGUUUUGUUUUGUUACCAAAGGUUGUUUAGGAAUUGCUAUAUUGGAGCUCAUGUUCUUGCAGCUCUGGUUUUAUCAAUAUGACAUCAUAUGCAUACACUGAAUCAUUAGACGUUUAUAAAAUAUUUUAUUCUUA